AUGCAUGAGCGGGGAUUUAUGCAUGGGGAUCUUCAUCGGGGGAAUAUACUUCUCCUCUUCCAGGCACAGUCUGACUUGGAUAAUCUGUCUACGAGGGAGCUGUAUGAACUUUACGGAAAGCCAGAUCUUGUGCCCGUCACUCGAUAUGACGGCCAACCGCCUCCACCAGGCGUCCCCAAACACGGUGUCAUCCCUAUCUGGCUCGGAGCAUCAAGCAAAAAGAUCACACUCCCAGAAGCGAGAAUCAUUCUUACGGAUUUCGGCGAGACGUUCUCUCCGGCACGGGAGAAGAGAUUCGAGUCCCGUACUCCUCUGCUCAUAAGACCUCCUGAGGCUCUAUUCGAGCCGACACGGCCGCUAACUUUCUCGUCUGAUAUUUGGUCGCUUGCGUGUACUAUCUGGGAUAUUGUAGCGCAGCGGUCGCUGUUUGAGGGCUUUCUCACGGAUGAGGACGAUAUGACUUGUCAGCAGAUUGCGGCGCUGGGGCCGCUUCCGAGGAAGUGGUGGGAGAGAUGGAAGGGUCGUGGAAAUUAUUUUAAUGAUGACGGUGAGCCAAAUAAUCGAGCUACGUCGCAGUAUGGGCCUUUGGAAGAUUCCUUUGAAUUGGAUGUUCAGAAAGCGCGGGUUCGAGAGGGGAUGUCGCCGUUUGGAUCGGGUGAGCGGGAUGCUUUCUUUGAGAUGAUGCGUUCGAUGCUUGCUUUUAGGCCGGAAGAGCGCUUGUCUGUGCAGCAGGUGCUUGAGGCUGAGUGGAUGGUGAAAUGGGCUAUUCCGGAGUAUGAGAAGAUUCGAAGCGAACGGGAAGGCUAG